GAAGAGGGAUUUCCACGUCCUCGCUUUGGUCAAUGUGAUUGGCCAACAUUGGUGGCAGUCAUUUCGUAAAGCAAAACAUACCCGCCCAGUGUCCCCGGGAUGAGGAGAGGACGAGAGUUUCAACAGAAGAGAACAGGGAAAUGAAGUUGUCAGACAGGCCAGCACAGCAACUCUCUCUUUACAACUAGGCAGCUAACCUAGCAAGUUAGGUGACAGGCGGUCACGAGUGGAGAUUUAUAUGAAAUAUCACAGCUAUGAAGGUCGUCCGUUUGAGCAACUUGUAGCUACAGUUAGUACACGUUAGAUAGCUACAGCCACAGAUCUCAUAUAACGUUACAGACGGUUCAAAGUAGCGUUACAGUGGAAAAAAAGUGGGGACAACUUGCUAGCCUUCUAGCUAACCUUUAGCCACCGAACCUCCUUCAGCUUCAAAACUACAGUUCACUCGACAUCUGGGCUUGGAUCGCCAGUCUUCAGUCAUGCCUUUUCCUUUUGGGAAGUCUCAGAAGAGUCCAGCUGAUAUAGUGAGGAGUUUGAAGGAGAAUGUGGCAUACAUGGAAAAGAUGGAUGCUGGGGACAGCAAAAAGUGUGAAAAGGUCGCAGAGGAGGUGUCCAAAAACCUGGCUUCACUGAAGGAGGUACUGAGCGGAACGGGUGACAAGGAGCCUCAAACCGAAGCAGUGGCUCAGCUUGCUCAGGAGCUGUACAACACCAACCUCCUCAUUGCUCUCAUUGCAAACCUGCAGAGGAUUGAUUUUGAGGGGAAGAAGGAUGUGGUUCAUUUGUUCAGCAAUAUUGUGAGACGUCAGAUUGGCACCCGUACACCCACGGUAGAAUACAUCUCUACGCAACAACAGAUCCUCUUCAUGCUUCUGAAAGGAUAUGAGAGUGCAGAAGUGGCUCUGAACUGCGGAAUGAUGCUGAGAGAGUGCCUGCGACACGAGCCUCUGGCACGGACAGUGCUCUUCUCUGAAGACUUCUACUGCUUCUUCCGUUACGUUGAGCUCUCAACCUUUGACAUUGCCUCAGAUGCUUUUGCCUCAUUCAAGGAUCUCCUCACAAGACACAAGAUUAUGUGUGCGGAUUUCCUCGAGAACAAUUACGACAGGGUGUUUACAGAAUACGAGAAGCUCCUGCAUUCUGAGAACUACGUCACCAAACGACAGUCUUUGAAGCUCCUUGGGGAACUUCUCCUGGAUAGGCACAACUUCACUGUUAUGACAAAAUACAUCAGUCGGGCGGAGAACUUGAAGCUGAUGAUGAACUUGCUUAGAGACAACAGCCGAAACAUCCAGUUUGAAGCGUUCCAUGUGUUCAAGGUAUUUGUUGCAAACCCCAACAAGACUCAGCCCGUGCUGGACAUCCUGCUGAAGAACCAGACCAAACUCGUGGAGUUCCUGAGCCACUUCCAGACUGACCGGUCAGAGGACGAGCAGUUCUGCGAUGAGAAGAACUAUCUGAUUAAGCAGAUCCGGGACCUGAAGAGGCCCGCAGCACCGGAGGAAGCUUAAGGCGGUGGGGACGAGCGCUCCAUCAGGUGGUAGAUGUGUAGGUGGUGGCUGGAGCUGCGGAAGGCUAAGAGAGUCUAAAAGACAUGCUUCAUUAAAUUUAAUAUUAACUACAAAAUAUAGGAAAAAAAGUAAAGAUUACUUCCUUCACUUUCUGUUUAUUUUUUUUAGUUUGGAUGUGGAGGUGAUUUUCCAUCCAACAACCUGAGUGGGCCAAGAACUGUUAUUUAAACCAUAGUGCUUCUUCUUUAGUGAUAAUGAAAUACAUUUAGUCUGUUCUUGUAAUGUUGGACCUUAAACUGUUACCCUUCCACAUACAUUGUUGCUGGCAGAGACCGUAGAACGACAAAAAAAUGUCACCCCAUUCACAGCCAAUGUGUGUUCUUGAAAGUCUUUCUCAGAAACGUGUCUAUAUUUUAGAGAUUGAGAAGUAAAUAUAUUAUUUUUCUAAUGUAUCUUCAUGGUAAACAGUUUAAAACCUACAGUAACCCUUCUCUCUGAACAUUUAGUCUAACUAAUUGCAUAGGUUUGGUUUAUUGCCUUAUUGUCAGCUGUUGUGUUGUACAGGGACUUUAAUGAUCUUUAGAAAUACGGCUUUGACAGAGUGACACAUGGAUCAUUAUAGGCCAGGUCAGCACAUAGUAAUUUUUGGUGAUUAAUGUGUAGAUAAUAGGCCUUUUGGUUGCAUGUGUGAGGUUACAGAGGUCAGAGAUGAUCCUGCAGUGCUGUGCUUGCCAAUGCAUUAGCUGGCACAGGAAGAGGAAAUCAAAACCAUAGCGAAUCAAUUAAUUGUGCUGCGAUUUUUCUUUUCUUUUCUCUUUUUUUAGGCUGUGCUCAGCAAGGCUUACAUGACUGAAAUAGAAACAAGGCAUCAGAUAAUGCUGCAGGGUCGCAGCCAGCCAUUCAAUGCUAACACGGACAGCCAGAAUAUACCAAUUGAUCUCACUAGGAGCAUCUCAUCCACACAUACUCAGCACAGAUGCAAAGGAUUCAUUUAAAAACACAUGACUUAAAUUAUAAUUCAUGGGGUUUAAAACAACGUGAUGUAUGCCAUGUUUGGCAUUUCUCCUUUACAGCAUAAACACAAGACAUAAUAUUGCAGUUUACAAGGAGGUGUUGCCUAUGGACAUGCAUCAUAAGUAUGUUACACUGUAAAUCUGUUAUACUCAUAUGAGGGCGUGAUGUCCAUCCAUCCAUAGGGACACACAAACCUCUCCACCACGAUAAGGUGAUGGUUCCCAGAGAGGGCGUGAUGUGUUAUUUAAAAUUAGUGGACAUGCCGAAGAGACUUCGUUCUAACUUUCACCAGGAAUGGCUUUUUCCUGAAGAAGUUCCUUCAUCAAGUUUUCAUUUGACUGGAAUACUUUGCUAAAACUAACUAUAUCGCCUCUAUUGUAUGUAUAAAAAAAACAACUCCCAUCCAUACAGUUAGUUACUUUAACACCAAAGAAAAACAGGGUGGCAGACCUUUUUUAAAUUUCAUGUUCAUGUCUUCUUUUCCGAUCUGAUUGUAAUAAUACAUUUUAAUAGAAUACACUGUAAAAUGCCUGUGAUGCACCAGAAAGCACGUCGUCCUAUCAGAUGUCAACACAUUGUCAAAAUAACCACAUGCACUUUUAAAACAACUUUUGUUUUGGAUGACGAGCACUGAAUUUAUUGAGUUCCUCACGUGCAUCACUGAUUAGUUAUAUUUCUUUAAAAAAAAGACUUCUGUUAAAAUAAUUGCCUUACUUCCGCCAUUGUCCCUAAAAUGGCACAUUGGGGAUUUCAAGCAAUAUGUUGUCUGUGUGCACAGUCUUCUAGUAUAUACCUCAUGGGAUUUGAGUUUGCAGAUGCUGUGUUCUCUUUCCUUUCCUUCCUAGACAGGAUAUUUUAUUUGACAGUUUAAAAUACACAGCAGUGGUUUGUAUGCAUGCCUAAACUUGAUGUAUAUGUUCAAACUUGAACAGGGACUGCGACCUGGUUUUCACAAUGGAAAGCUAGAUUUUUAAACUUAAAUAUUUCAUUGGGUGGUGCCGCACAAACGUUAAUUCAUAAUGAAUUGCAGUGCGGUACCUUGUAAUGAACGUUGCCUUAUUUAAAGACAUUUAAUGGAUCGUAAUGAUUAUGUAAAAAUUCCAGACCUUUUUAAACCAAAGUCGAUAUGAAAAGGGUAAAAAUGUACAUUUCAAGUCCCAAAUGCAUUACUAGUUAAUUUCUCAGAUCCACAUCUAGUGUAGUGUAGCUUCAUCACCAACUGCAUUAUGCUUUAAUGGGAUCCUGUGAGUGUAAAUAUAUAUUUUAAUAGACUACACUCAGUUGUGCUUAAUUAGCUUUUAAAAUAAAUCACUAUUUGGUACUCUGCACCAGAUAGUCGGCAUCGGGCCUUUAAGGAUCCAUAAAAUAAUUUGUGAACUCUGCUGUGAAUGUGGUACAUUAUGCACAAAUAGACUGAAGUCCUGCACACGGUGCACCGUCAUGUCACCAGUUUAUGAAAGAAAGUUUGUUUGAAAGUGGGUUUGAGUUGAGACUGUGGUCAACUUUGUGAUUAUCUAAUGUGAAGCAUAACAUUUCAAAACUAUAUUAAUGCAUUGGACUUAACCCACAUACACAAGAGUCAUUAUUAAUAUAUUCAUGAGCACAAACAAACAGCUUGUUGACAAACUGUUGCGUAACAGGCUGUAAUAAUAUCCAAGAUUAUCUGACUUUUGUGUAUUAAAAAAAUCUAUUUUGAAAAUAAAUAAGCCUGAAUUUUUGUUUUGAAUUGGUGUCUAAACGUGCAUACAAACCUUCUUGAGAAUUGAGUGCAGUCAUGACGUGUGCUUUGGGAAGGACAUGCUGUACACAGUCAUCCCAUCAGGGGGAGCUGUUGGAAACAAUUGGGCCAAUUGUAUUGUACAAACAAAGCAUUUCAUGUUUCUAUAACCCUACCUCUUAAUUAUGAGUUUAUAAAUCACUGGCAAUAUUAUGUAGACGUCAACACAAAUUCCUUAAGAUCAAUACUAUAUAUUUCAUGAUUUAGGGGUUUCCUGUUUAAAAUAUUUGUUGUGCUUUACUUUUUUUUUACUCUCGUUGCCUUCUCUUUUUCCCCCUUCUCUUUCCGAAUAUUUUCUUUAUUUACCAUGGGAGCGAAUUAUGUGUACAUAACUUUAUAAAGGAUAAAAGUGUGAAAGCAUUCAUGAAAAUAAAACUUUAUGGCAAUUUA